GCAAACACCGACAGGUCGGAGAUCGCGGUGUACAUAGGCCAGGCGGAACCUUGCACUCUGACCGGAGUGGCCAUCGUCACAGAGAACACCUCUCCGGCCCUGCGCCUGCAGUUCGAGAAGUGUGCAGGCAGAGCGGCGAUCGAGGUGCCCCUCUUUUCGCAGAAGUCCGGAGGCAUGAAGCUGAUGCCCUGGAUUUGCGGAGUCUCUGCCGCCACGAAGCUCUGCAGCCAGGCCGAGCAGAUGGCCAGCAACGGCACGAUGCCGGCGCCGCGAGAGGAGGAGACUUUGGACCUGGAACCGCUCGCAGAAGCUGCUUCAAAGGGUGUCUUGCACACCAACGCGAAGUCGACGUGCUUUGAUGCGCUCCACUGGUUCGUGGUCCAUGGUGUGGACGAAAAAGAGUGGCCUUUUCUGGAGGCCAUGUACAAGAUGCUAAAGCUGGAGGAGCGUCCGACUCUGCAGUCAGAUGUGGACAUUGAGGUGCAGGAGGUGUGCUUCCCGAGUUGCACUGGGACCUGGGAUGAGGCCAAGUGUGGCCCAAAGCCCGUAACUGCGACUAAAGCUCCGAUUGCAGCAGCGCCGGAGCUGGUAACGCCACACCCGGAUCUGCCGGAAGUGCAGCACUCAGAGACAGUGCCCUACACGCCGAUUCUCUCCAAAACGCGGCUCGGCAAGUUCCGCCAGGAGCUCUCCAACCCAGAGACGGGCCCUUGGCUUUGGAUCUCGCUGGCAGGGGCAUGCUUGCUUGGCAUAUUCUUCGCCCUGCUGUGCUUCCCGCUCUUCCGCUCCAGGGAGCCAGCGAUGAAGCCUGCUCCGCGAGUGAAGCAGGUGGAGGUGAUGUAUCCAGACCACACGACCGCCUCCGUGAAGCUGAUGUUUCUCGGCCCAACAUGCCCAACCAUGGUCCAGCUUGCAGGAAGAUUAGUCUCCCCCCCACCCGCCCAGACUAGAGACAUACGCCAACUCUUCCAUUAUUUCGGCAGCUGGAGGGGGGGGGCGGGGUAA